CUAGCUUGGGCUCACAAGGCCGGCGUGGCGGAAGACACAGCGAGAGACAGGGUGCGGUGCCGCGAGAAAAGAACAAGAGGCGGAGCGUCCGGCGCGCACGCGCAAUGUCAAGGCGGAGAGGCGAGACUGGCGGAAGCGAGCUUUGCAAUAUGGCGGCCGAGGCAGACGGACCGCUCAAACGGGUGCUGGUACCGAUUCUUUUACCUGAGAAAUGCUACGACCAACUUUUCGUCCAGUGGGACCUACUUCACGUCCCCUGCCUCAAGAUUCUCCUCAGCAAAGGCCUGGGGCUGGGGAUUGUGGCUGGGUCCCUUCUGGAAUAGAGACUCCUCAGCUCUGCCCUUCUCAUCCUCUCCCCAGUAAAGCUGCCCCAAGUGUUUAAAAUCCUGGGAGCCAAGAGUGCUGAAGGUCUGAGCCUCCAGUCGGUAAUGCUGGAGCUGGUGGCAUUGACUGGGACCAUGAUCUACAGCAUCACCAACAACUUCCCUUUCAGCUCUUGGGGUGAAGCUCUGUUCCUGAUGCUCCAGACAGUCACCAUCUGCUUCCUGGUCAUGCACUACAGAGGACAGACUGUGAAAGGUGUCGCUUUCCUAGCCUGCUACGCCCUGGUCCUGCUGGUGCUGCUUUCACCGCUGACACCCUUGGCUGUAGUCACCCUGCUCCAGGCCACCAACGUGCCUGCUGUAGUGGUGGGGAGGCUACUCCAGGCAGCCACCAACUACCGCAAUGGGCACACGGGCCAGCUCUCGGCCAUCACAGUCUUUCUGCUGUUUGGGGGCUCCCUGGCACGAAUCUUCACUUCUAUUCAGGAAACUGGAGACCCACUCCUGGCUGGAACCUUUGUGGUCUCCUCCCUCUGCAAUGGUCUCAUCGCUGCCCAGCUUCUCUUCUAUUGGAAUGCAGAGGCUCCUCACAAGCAGAAAAAGCAGCAGUAGGGCUGAGCCAGCUACUGGAGUCAUUCCGUGUUUCCAUUCACCCAUAGGGCCCAGGCGCCCGCCCCUCUGAGCCAAUCUGCCAGUGUGACUUGGAAUCAUUCUCCAUUCUGCAGUUGCACCGGUUCUGAGCCAGGGUUUCUAGUGGAAAUGGACCUUGGGUGGUUCCAGAUCCAGAGUCUUUUAAGCGGACAGCCAACCUGUGAUAGAUGCCUCACCCUGUCCUCUCACUUUUCUUCUGGCCUUAGAAGAUGAGUGUGGGCAGUGAAAUGGAGGGGACUGGAGGCUCGUGCUGCCUCCCUUCCCCCGCCAGGCUGGGACUCUCCUGGACCCCAGUGCUGGGAGUGGGGGAAAGGGGACUGAGAAUGACUCAGGCAGUGCCCCAGGGUGGGGUGAGGAGGUUCAUGCUCUGGCAGGUCCAGGCGGAAGGGAGUGGAGCCAGUGCUGGUUCCUGCUGCAGUGUGUGGAACAGAUGUAACAAUAAAGACUCAGAGACACUUUAA